UGCAAAGCUGGCAAGGCUAAGACAUGUGCAAGUGUAUAAAAGCAAGCAGUCAUGCGUUGGAAAUGCAACAGUUGAGUGUGUGUCCUGCAAAGUGUCAUCUCCGUUGGUGAUGAUUGCCCAAAAUAAAAUGAAGAUCGUCAUUUUAUCCAUCGCCGUUUGUACUUUUUUGGCUGGCCAAGCGUCAUCCGAGGGCGGUAAUAUUUACAAUUCCAAUCCAGUUCAGUACUCGCAUUCACAACCAAUCAACUACCAUUAUACGCAACCUCAGCCGCAUUAUGGUUCGCAGCAAAGCUACAACAAUCCCGCUGGAUAUCAUCCGGCCCAACAGCAGCACGGAGCUAAUCAAUAUUCUGAGCAAUAUUUGGUAACGGCCAUUAAAACUGAUCCUGCCCCACCAGUGGUGCAUUACCAACCUCCAGCAUACAAACCCGAGUCACCGUUUAAUGGCCAAUCGUACAUCAUUGAACCUUCUUACGUCCUUAAACCCUUCCGGCCAGAAACUACCUACCACGCCCAAAACUACCGUCCUCACAAUCCCGCUCCCGCUGUUUACCAACCCACUUAUCAUGCUCCUGCGUAUCCAGCCUAUCAAGCUCCAGCAUAUCCAGCGCCUGUUUAUCCAGCUCCGGCUUACCAACAACAAGCGUAUCCAGCUCCGGCAUACCAAAAUCCAGCGCAGUCUUCAGUUUACUUGGUAUAUUCUACCCCAUUAUUGGCCGGGUAUUCCACGCAGACGGCCAGUUCAGGAAUUGUUACUAGCAUAGUGCCAUCCGCAACUCAAGCGUACACAGCUUCUAUUGCUCCUGAAACUAUUUCAUCCAGCCCGAUUGAACCGAACGCGGUCGUUGAAUCCAAAGCAUCGGAACCAUCCGUUCAAUGGUCAGACAAACAAUCAGACGCCAAUGCACUAGGUCAAAAGUCUGCAGCAAAUCAAGGCAUUGGUAAAGAAUCUGCAGAAAACGAAGAAUCUGGAUCGACUACCCAAGAAAGUAUUCCGAAAUCUUACAAUAACAAAGAGGAUCAAAAUAGUUUGGAAAGUCCGAAUCCGCCUUUCUAUCCAAUACCAGCUAACCACACUUCCAAAGCGGUUUGGAAGAUUCCCAAAACAGGUAACAGUUAUGGCACGACACAAGACAGCAGCGCGGAAUCCAUACAAGAUGCUGGUGACAAAAGCGAUGGAAUUAAUCAAUUCAAUCAAAAGAGUACGACGUAUUCGAACGGAGCAGAAAUCGAAGAAAGUAGCAGGUCCAGUCUGGCUUAUAACGUCAACAAAGAUGGGGCAGAAAAUAAAGAAAGUAGUGAGAUUACUACUGUGGACCGGGUCACUGAAAUUUCAGUACAAGGAAAGCUAACCAAAUACGAAGGCCAGACUCAACAAAAUUCGGUCAUAUCUAGUAGAGAGACAUCCGAUGAUAAUAUCGAAACGGGUGUGGUCGAACUGGUUAGCCAAGUGUCACUUCAGUAUGAGAAACCGAAAUCUGGAUCAUCUGUUUAUUACGAGCAAGGACCCAGCAUUGCUGUACAGGAUGUCAAUCAAACCAAUGGAGAAAGCAAAGAGCUCGUUCGUGACCAACCUAUUACCGAGACCGGUGCACAAGAGAAAGAACAAAAUGGAGAAAACAAUUCGGAAGAAGCUGAAAGGGAAGCAACACCAGUAACCAAUACGAAUUACGGAGAUUCUCAGCCUUCAAAGAGCUUGUACUACGUCGGUACAAAUGAAGAGAAGUCGGACGUUGCCAAGGAAACGGUGGAACAAAAAGAGGUAUCACAAUAUGGCCAAUCCAGCAUCAAUCCACAAAAGUUGGUUAAAACGGAAGAAGACGAAGCUGAUGAAAGCAAUGAAACUACAGAAAUAUCUGUUUCUAAAACGAAUUAUUUCGCAAAUCAGCUGAAUCCACAAGAACCAGCUGUGAAAACGGAGGGGAAUAAUUCAGCACCGGCAGCAGCACUCGUCGAUGAAGAUAAUAGCGAUGAAGGGCCUAGUAUAGUAACAUCUGCAGUCACGAUUCAACCAGCAGUACCUGCUUAUCAAAUUCCUUACUACCCGCCGAGGCCUGCGGUGCCGAAAAUAUUUAGACCCAAGGAAGAAUCAGAAGAAGUCGAAUUACCCAUUGCCGGAUUUGGCGAGAAGAUCAAAGCUUUCACGAAAUUCGCAAUCGCUGUUCAGAAAAGUAACCUGCAAACUCAACCAAAUCCUGUAACAGGUAAAUACGACAGUAGUUCUACGCCAUCGGUAUCGAAUACCAUCAAAGAGGUCUCUCAAAAACAGCCUGAAAGUACAAAAGAAACAAGUGCUGAAAAUUAUGAAACAAAUGCAACUGAUAAAGCAAUCAACGCUCAGCCAGCCAUUGAAUAUCCAACAGAGGGCCCCACAUUUCACGCCAGUCUGUUCUACAAAAAGCCUGUCCCCCAGGAAAAUGAUUCUUCUGGAAGUGACCUCACUCAGCCAUCAACUAACAUCGUCUUGCCCCAAGAAGAAAUUCAAACAGAGCUACCCUACAUUACCGAACCACUAUUCUAUGCACAAGCAACAGAGAAGCUUCUGGCAUCUCAACUUGCAAGCACCGCCAAUGUUCAAGUAGCUGAACAAGAUGUUGAGAAUGUGGACCUCGUUAAGGAAGACUACGUGCCCGUUAAAAGUACAGAACCGAAUUACAGCGUACGUAUUGUGGCUGAAAAGAUUUCACGUGAUCAACCUGUUCAAGUCGUUAAUGCUCUUAACGUUUAUUCACCUCCAACGGUUGACACUGUUCCAGUGACUGAAAUUUCAAGUGUCACGGAGCCAGUAUCGAUCAUCCAAAUGCCUGUCUUGGCUCAGGAUCCCAUGGAGAAAACUAGCUUUUAUGCGACUCAAAGAAUUUACACUGCAUCCGUAGAUAUUCCUGGUAAUGAUUACGUAACUACCCCGAAGCCGACAAGUUACGUCCAAGACCAGAAUCCUUACGUUACGAGCACUUACGCUUACAUCGAGGAAGCUGGUCUUUCAGCAGAGUAUCAAAAGGAAAUUGCAGCAGCCCAAAACGAAGCCGAACCUUUUGCCAGCAACGAUGAUCGUAUUCCAAACGAAGCCCAGAGUCAGACUGAAGUUCCAGAUGUUUCACAGGAAGAAAUUUCUUUACCUGUUGUAUCUCCCGUGCCCAAUACACCUUCCGGAGACGCUCUUACAAAAGCCCAAUCCGCAGAAGAUGUUUCAUCUGAGGUCACCAGCGUUCCAGUGACAGAGCUUGCGUAUCUAGAAGUAACCUAUGAAGCUGAAACAGUUACUACUAAAGCUAAACCUGCAGAAGAAGUCUCUUCUGAGCUAGCUUAUGCCCCAGUUACCCAAUCGACAUACUACCAAGAGGAAAUCCAAACGGUUUCGUACGAUGCUGAAUCGACUCCCAAAACUCAAUCAGCAGAAGACGUUUCAUCUGAAGUGACUGACGCUCCUGUUACCGAACCUGCCUACCAGGAGAAACCUGAACUUCCUUGGUACGAAGCUCCAGUAGUCACCACUGUUAAGGCUCAAUCCGCAGAAGAUGUAUCAGCAGAAGUCAUCAAUCCAGUAACCGAUUCGAACGAUCAAGACGAAGCUACAGAUUUACCCGACAUUGCGUGGACCAGGUACAAAACUCCAGCGGUUAACCAAAAUGACGUUGAAGCCGUGACAGCUCCUUAUGAAACCGCACCGUCCUACAGUACCUCAGAUCCUGAUUCAACAUCAAUCGUAGUCGGAACAGUAUUCCAUAUCAACGGCGGGGAAUCUUUACAGUCUGUGACUACCGGUAAAACAGAUGACCAGCUGUUAAGGAAUACUUCUCUUAGCAAUACCAUCUACGGUAAAAAGAUAACAGAUGACCAGCUGUUAAGGAAUACUUCUCUUAGCAAUACCAUCUACGGUAAAAAGAUUCCCGAUCAUCCUCUGCCAUGUCAAUCGGACAAGAGCUCCGAAGUAGUUUCUUCACCGACAUGGCUUUUUAAUACGGCCGCUUUGGCUAAUGUGCCACUGGACAGCCGUGAGUCGAGCGAUGAAGAUGCAGCCACUUUAAGUCCGACGACUGUUGUUCCAGAAGUGACGACAAUCUUCGUUGCCCCUAACGAGGCAAGUGAGACGACAACAGUGGCUUCAGAUGGAUACAAGUACAUUUUUAAAUCACGUCCUACACCUAAUCGUUUUUACGAAACUAAAACCACCACGGCCGAGCCAUCGUCUAAUUCGACAAGUACUGCCCAGCAGACUUCUAGACGUCCUUUAGUUGUCAUCGGUAAACCGGUUGAAAUGAGGAAACCAAUCAAUGGUAGGGUGUAUUCUAGGCCUUCACCAGUGCCGCCAAGGAAAUCUCAAACAUUAGCGCAGAUCAAGAUUUUACCCACUCGUCUUCGAUCGUCGACGUCUACCCUUCACUUGCCCAAUCGGCGUUUUUUCAUCGGUAGGUCGUUAAUGGCGAACGAAAAGGCUAAUCAAGAAAGUAAAGAAGACGAGGGAGGAAAACCCAAAUAAAGAUUUAAAAACAUAAAUCUUUAAAAGACGUUUUUAAAAAGGGAAAUUUUUUAGAGCUUCUUCAACGUUUCUGGUGCCGGGCACCAGAGUGAUGCCAAGAUGGCUUCGCGAUUCGCUAUUCAUUCUUUACGAGUUUUCGGAGAUUGUUGUAGUAUAAAUCAUUUUGUUAAUGUCCAUUGACUUGUUAUUGGUGUUGUCCUAAUUGUUUAUAAAUACAGAGAUAAAAUAGACUGGUUAUAAAUUG